AUGGCCGGACUGGGUGACAUGGCUCCAACCGUUAUGCUACACAUGUCGCAAUCUCGUGGCUUAUCAUAUGUGCACCGUGGAUGUUGUCAUUACAGAUCAAAUCUCACUCUCUUGACACUUUCGUCGACGAUCUACUCAACCAACGGUCAAAGCUUGUGUCUUUCUCCGGCCAUUCUCUUUCUCCGGAGAUCAUUAGCUAUUCGAUCAACAAGUUGCCUCUCUCUUCCUGAUUAUCGCAACAUGACAGCCAUUGAUGCUGUUACCUCAAAACUUGACAAAUCCGGCAAAAUCUUCGUCGCCGGCCACCGCGGCCUAGUCGGAUCUGCAAUCGUACGCCGCCUGAGAACCGUCGGCUACAACAAUCUCAUCCUCCGGUCACACACCGAACUAGAUCUCACCAACCAAUCCGCUGUCAAAACAUUCUUCUCUCUCGAAAAACCUCAAUACGUGAUCCUCGCAGCAGCCAAAGUCGGUGGAAUCCACGCCAACAGCACCUACCCCGCCGAUUUCAUCACCAUCAACCUCCAAAUCCAAACAAACGUCAUCGACUCCGCCUAUCGUUAUGAAUCUUCUCUUCUCACCGGACCUCUAGAACCUACCAACGAAUGGUACGCCAUAGCCAAAAUCGCCGGAAUCAAAAUGUGUCAAGCGUAUCGGAUCCAACACAACUGGGAUGCAAUCUCCGCCAUGCCUACAAACUUAUAUGGUCCGAAUGAUAACUUCCACCCGGAAAACUCCCAUGUAUUGCCGGCAUUGAUGAGGAGGUUUCAUGAGGCGAAGGUGACGGGAGGGAAGGAGGUGGUGGUGUGGGGGAGUGGGGCGGCGUUACGUGAGUUUUUACAUGUUGAUGAUUUGGCGGAUUCAGUGGUGUUUCUGUUGGAGAAUUAUUCGGAUUUAGGGCAUGUGAAUGUGGGAAGUGGGAAGGAGGUUUCCAUUAAGGAGCUUGCAGAAAUGGUGAAAGAGGUUGUGGGAUUUGAAGGGGAGAUUGUUUGGGAUAAAUCUAAACCUGAUGGGACUCCAAGGAAGCUUAUGGAUUGUUCUACGAUUGUGAAGAUGGGUUGGGAACCCAAGAUUUCUUUACGUGAUGGGCUUGUUGGGACUUAUGAAUGAGUAGCAGCGACAGUGGGCGGUGAUGGCAGCUUCGCUGCUUCCACUUCUUGUUCCGACGAGCUCGAUGAGGAUGGAGGCAAACUGAGAUGGGUACGACGGAGGGAAAAAGUAGCGGUGGAUGGUUGUGGGUGGCAGGCCUUGGUUGCCUCUCGCUAUCUUCUUCGUUUUCUGGGCAGCGGGUCGUCAAGAGGGAGGCAGCGACGGUUCUUGAUGGGUUUUGGUGGCAAGCUCCCAAAACUGGAGGAAGGCAGUAGAUGGUGGUGUUUUGAAGCUUGCUUGACGGAUUUUAAUGGCGUGGAUAUAAGGUGGAGUUGUGGUGGAUGGGUUCAAACGAAAGAGACAAAGACAAAUGCUUCACCUUUUUGA